CCUCGCGCCCUCGCGCCCUGGCGCCGGGGGCGGGCUUGCUGCGCGUGCCGGGCGGGGAAACUGCGCGAGCCGGGCGCCUGAGAACGUUCCCCGCGGGGGCGGCUCCGGGGCCUGAGCGGGUGCCGCCGCCACCUCAGCCGCCGGGGCCGGGCCGGAGGACGCGGAGGAGGCUGCGGCCGCCCGAGACCUUCUCGAGGUCCCCAGCUCCGGCCGGGAAGUGAGAGAGAGAGAGAGACAGCAAGAGAGGGAACACAAGCAGAGGGAGUGGGAGAGGGAGAAGCAGACUCCCCGCUGAGCAGGGAGCCGGACGUGGGGCUCGAUCCUGGGACCCUGGGAUCAUGACCUGAGCUGAAGGCAGACGCUUAACGACUGAGCCACCCAGGAUGAUUGAGGAAAGUGGGAACAAGCGGAAGACCAUGGCGGAGAAGAGGCAGCUGUUCAUAGAAAUGCGUGCUCAGAAUUUUGAUGUCAUACGACUAUCAACUUAUAGAACAGCUUGCAAAUUACGAUUUGUACAAAAACGAUGCAACCUCCAUCUUGUUGAUAUCUGGAACAUGAUUGAAGCCUUCCGAGACAAUGGCCUUAAUACACUGGACCAUACCACUGAGAUCAGUGUGUCCCGCCUCGAAACUGUCAUCUCCUCUGUCUACUACCAGCUGAACAAGCGCCUUCCUUCUACUCACCAAAUCAGCGUGGAGCAGUCCAUCAGCCUCCUCCUCAACUUUAUGAUUGCUGCAUAUGACAGUGAGGGCCGAGGCAAGCUGACCGUAUUUUCAGUUAAAGCUAUGUUAGCAACCAUGUGUGGUGGAAAAAUGCUGGACAAACUGAGAUAUGUUUUCUCCCAGAUGUCAGAUUCCAAUGGCUUAAUGAUAUUUAGCAAGUUUGACCAGUUUCUGAAGGAAGUUCUGAAGCUCCCAACAGCUGUCUUUGAAGGGCCAUCUUUUGGUUACACAGAGCACUCAGUCCGCACCUGUUUUCCACAGCAGAAAAAGAUAAUGCUAAAUAUGUUUUUAGACACAAUGAUGGCCGAUCCUCCUCCCCAGUGCCUUGUCUGGCUACCUCUCAUGCAUAGGCUCGCCCAUGUUGAGAAUGUCUUCCACCCGGUGGAGUGCUCCUACUGCCGCUGCGAGAGCAUGAUGGGCUUCCGGUACCGGUGCCAGCAGUGCCACAACUACCAGCUCUGCCAAAACUGCUUUUGGCGCGGCCAUGCCAGUGGCCCUCACAGCAACCAGCACCAGAUGAAGGAGCACUCGUCCUGGAAAUCCCCUGCAAAGAAGCUGAGCCAUGCAAUUAGUAAAUCUCUGGGGUGCGUACCCACCAGAGAACCCCCGCAUCCUGUUUUUCCUGAGCAACCAGAGAAACCACUUGACCUUGCAAAUAUAGUUCCACCUCGGCCGCUGGCUAAUAUGAAUGACACCAUGGUGAGCCACACGUCCUCCGGAGCACCCACUCCCACCAAGAGGUUACAGUAUAGCCAGGAUAUACGCAGUCACUUGGCCGAUGAGCAUGCGCUGAUAGCCUCCUAUGUGGCCCGUCUGCAACACUGUGCACGUGUCCUGGAUAGUCCAAGCCGACUGGAUGAGGAACACCGACUUAUAGCUCGCUAUGCUGCCCGGCUGGCUGCAGAAGCAGGAAACAUGACCCGUCCUCCCACUGACUUGAGCUUUAACUUUGAUGCCAACAAACAACAAAGACAGCUUAUUGCAGAACUAGAAAACAAAAACAGGGAGAUCCUGCAAGAGAUCCAGCGUCUCCGUCUGGAGCAUGAGCAGGCUUCCCAGCCCACCCCCGAGAAGGCGCAGCAGAACCCCACAUUGCUGGCAGAGCUGCGGCUGCUGAGGCAGAGGAAAGAUGAGCUGGAGCAGAGAAUGUCGGCACUGCAGGAGAGCAGGCGUGAGCUGAUGGUUCAGCUGGAAGGGCUGAUGAAGCUGCUGAAGGAGGAAGAGCAAAAGCAGGCAGCUCAGGCCACAGGGUCACCACAUACAUCGCCCACUCACGGAGGCGGCCGCCCAAUGCCCAUGCCUGUCCGCUCCAUGUCUGCUGGCUCCACCCCCACCCACUGCCCACAGGACCCACUGAGCGGAGUCGGGGGAGACAUGCAGGAGGCGUUUGCACAAGGUACGAGGAGAAACCUCCGCAAUGACCUGCUGGUGGCCGCUGACUCCAUCACCAACACCAUGUCAUCCCUGGUGAAGGAGCUCCACUCAGCAGAGGAAGGUGCAGAGGAAGAAGAGGAGAAGCAGCAGAAUGGGAAAGACAGAGGUUAGCAGAGGAGCUGGGACAGAGGGAGCGCAGGGGACAUGCAGCAAGCUGGCGUUGACAUGAGGAAGGCGAGGCCCUCCCCCCGAGGCGCAUUCCAGUCCAUCUUUCCCCUGCACACCUGGACCAGGCUUGUGGGCUGCCAGACGUCACUACCUGGCAGGGAGAGGGGAGCCCGAGCCGGUGGGAAGUGGGAGGGGCCGCCCGCCGCCGCCGC